UCAAGCGAACGAAACACGCUAAUUGGUCGGUCCUGAAGCAGCAGUGAACGAGAUCGCAGCUAUCAUGUUGGAUGACGUUGAUGUUUCACCGAGUUUCUUUUCUAUGAGCCAUGGCACGAAGUGACACCUGUCCGUUUACGAGUGACAGGAGAUGAGAGAAACACACCUCGCGUCGAAUUAUUUUUUAUUGUCAAUAUCAGAUUAUUUUUAAAAAUCUAGAUCUUAGUUCUUUUCUAAAUGUAGAAUCAAAUCUGUUUUAUUCUCCACUAAUAUACUACUUACAAAUAAUUUAUUAGACAAGAUUAAUAUCGGAUUAACCGGAUUAUCUGUCGGAGUUAUUUUUCAUCUGUCGUAGUGUAUUUUUCAUUGACUCUGAAUAAAAUCGCAUAGAAGUUGCACGAGAAAAAUCCAAAGUAAUUAACGAACGUGCUAACCUCGUAGACGGCGGAUAUGACGGGCUUAGGCAUGGAUUUCGAGGACGAUUUCUUCUUCGAGGAGGACAAAAUGUUGGUUAUGGAGGAUUGUGGAUGUUGAUUGUGUCGAUUAGCUAUAAUUCGCUGUCACGCUGCAUCACAGUCUCAAUGUGCUUUCUUUCGGUUGUAACAUGCAUGCCUGAAAUGCCACGGUGCGGUGGAACAGUUUGAGAGGUGAUUCAGCCUUAUCCGCGAACAGUGGCAUACCUCGAAAUUUGAGCGGAACGACCUCCUCGGAUGAUAGAGCCACCGUUGCUCUGACCACCGUACCAUCGGCUAACGUCGAAUUGCACCAAUUGGCUAUGAUGGAAGAUCGCAUACCAGACAUAGAGCUGGUCGCGCAAGAUCAAUGUACACAACAGCGACCAGUCAACCAGAUGGGCAUGACCAUUACGUCUGGGAACGUCGUGAUACAGAAGGAUGCCAGUAAUCUCAUUGGCAUAAGUAUCGGCGGCGGUGCGCCGCUCUGUCCAUGUCUGUAUAUCGUACAAAUUUUCGACAAUACACCUGUGGCAGUGGACGGCACUCUUCAGUCGGGAGACGAGCUCGUGGCGGUGAACGGUGCGUCAGUGAGGGGCAAAACAAAAGUGGAGGUCGCGAAGAUGAUACAGUCCUGCGAUUCGCAAGUCAGCAUCAACUACAACAAGCUACACGCUGAUCCGAAACAAGGACGCACUCUUGACAUCGCUCUCAAGAAGGUAAAGCAUAGAUUAGUCGAAGGGAUGGGCAGUACAACGGCCGACGCACUCGGACUGUCACGAGCCAUUCUCUGCAACGACGCGCUCGUUCAGAGAUUAAUGGCGUUGAAACGUACGGAAAACUUCUACAGAGGUCUCGUUGCGCACGCCAAGGCUACGUUACACGCUUUCUUCGACUUGACUCAAAUCUACAAAGUAUUCGGAGACGCCUUCGCCGCGAUAGGAGUGCGAGAACCGCAGCCGCGCGCUAGUGAGGCCUUCCGACAAUUCGGAGAACAGCACAGACAAAUGGAAAAGUUCGGAGUAGCGAUGUUGAAGACUCUGAAGCCGAUAUUGAGCGAUCUGGGGACGUACCUCAACAAGGCUAUACCGGACACGCGGUUGACCAUCAGCAAGUACGCCGAUGCAAAGUUCGAAUAUCUGUCUUACUGUCUGAAAGUGAAGGAGUUGGACGACGAAGAGCAGAGCUGUGCGGCUCUGCAGGAGCCGCUGUAUCGCGUGGAAACGGGCAACUACGAGUAUCGCCUGGUACUCAGGUGCCGACAGGAGGCACGCGCGAGAUUCGCGAAACUGCGCUCGGAUGUGUUGGUGAAGCUGGAGUUGCUCGACAACAAGCACGUGCAGGACGUCGUGUGGCAAUUGCAGAAGUUCGCGGCGGGUUUGGCCAAGUAUUACGCCAGCACACGAGAUCUGCUAUCUGCCGUGACGCUGUUCCCGGUCGAGGUCGAUCUGUCGCACUCCGCGUUCCAGUACAAAUCCACUGGGCCGCAAACGCUAACGGACAACGAAGAUAUCGAGGAAUAUGAGCCGGAAGAGAAACAACAGAGCGCCCAGGACGAGGAGCUUCUCAUCGAUACGCAGACUUUUCCAUUGAUAACGCCGAAGACGACCGACAACACGUAGCGAUACUUGUUGGGCUUUUGAAGAAUUCCAUGUUUUUUGAAAGAAUCAUUCAUGACUUUUAUAAUGUUCGACACAUGUAUACGAAAGAGCUCUUUGGUUUUUUCGUUCGCGUCGAAUGAUUGAUGCAUUUCUGCGUAAUGCAUUCCUUAAUCGCGAGACAUGGUACAGAAUGCUAUUUACUUAAUUUUUUGUUACGAUGCAAAAAAAUGUAUUUAAGUCUCGCGAUUAUAUUUGUUGUGUGCAGAUUAUAGAAUCUAAUCAUUACUUCUAAUGCGUAUCACGUAACUCGAUGUAAAAUACACAUUUUUAAUAGCUAUCUUAUCCUUACGAUCUUUAAGACAUGUUUAGUGGACAAAUUAUCUGUUAUUAAAUUUUGUUUCCUGUAAAUCAAGUUGGAUCAAUAUAUUUGUAUUUGAUACAGAA